CUUUAACAUGUUUCACUUAAGGGUUUCAUCAUGUGUCAUAUAGGGUUGUAUUCCUGACCCUAUAGUGUUCCUUUAACUUUAGCGGUGUGACUAGGGGUGGGGCUGCUAUGUGGAAUUUUAGGUGACUUGGUAAUAAUAAUUUAUGUAACUAAAAUAUAAUGUAGAACAAGAACAUUGUGUUUUAUUUACAUAGACUGAUUUCUUGACACAUUUAUUGUAGUUUAAAGACACAUUACUGGGAGUAUUAUUGCUGUGGAGCUCUGCUAUACACUCAGACACACCAGCAAUAUGGAGCUCCUAGAAAAGUGGAAAAUUAGGAUAGAUAAGAGGGACAGGGGGGUUUGGGCCCAAAAUAGGUACUUUCCUUGCUAACUAGGGACACUUGGGACAUGUGGAAAUAUACCGACAGAUAAAAGUUGCAUAUUUACACAAUAAUGCACAGAUAGACACAGAGGUACAAAUAAAUUCACAUACGUAUAUAUUAAUGUACAGCUAAAGACACACAGGCACGUUUAUGUAAGGAAUAUAUUGAAAAACAAAAUGUAUCCAUGCCUAAUGUACAAUGUCCAUGUGUUACAGUUAGUUCUGAAGACACUCCUAGCACAUCCUAUAUCAGACUUGUGCUCUCAAUACAGAACUAGCUUUUUAAUGUAAUGUGAAGAUCAGAUCACUGUCUGUUUCUCUCUGAUACAUUGCACUGAUUGUCUGCUGUCCACAAAGGAUGCUUUAACCAGUUUCACUUUUGUUUCACACUUCCUUAUCCAGAGACUGUUUGUUUGAUUGUCAGGAUGUUAAACCAAACAGACCCAGGGCCUUGAAAACCCAGAGCCAAUCACAGAGACAAAGGGCUUAGAGAAUGAUUUUAACUUCCUGAUGCAGAACCCUGGGCAAAGGGACAUCCAGAGCACAGCUUCCAGAAGAUGAAGGGGAAUGCUGACAGACUGAGGCUUUACCAAGAGUAUAUUUCAUACUAUGAAGACAGGAGCAGAGAUGGCAACAUUUCAUUGUGUGACAAACAGGAUGUGGAGGGGCUCAGACACAUUGUGUCAGUGUGCAGCCCAUCAGCAGAGCUCAGAGGCUCCCAUUUCCAGAUCAUCGUAGAAAACUAUCGCAGGAGGCUGGGGGAGCAGCAGAGACAGGGAUUACUGAAAACCCUCCUGAAAGGAUUCGCCAUUCUGGAACUGAUCUGUAUCAACCUGUUUCUGUACCCCUGGAGGAAAGAGAUCAGGACUCUGAAGGUAAAACCUACAACCAGAUUGCCAGCACACAACACACUUGUUAACCCCUUGAUUCCCUGGGUAAAGUAGAUUCUGGAGGAAAUCGAACGCAUGCAAUGUAAUUAAAUGCACUGAAUUUUAGUCUUUAAAUCAAAAUAUAACGUUGCAAAAAUGCAACAUCAUUCUCAUUUAUUCUAAGGUUUUAAAGCACUUAUAUGUACUGUUGUUGUUGUGGUAUUGGCAGCUAGAUGGUGUAAAUUCUGCAUUUUUAAUAUGUUUUUAAGCAUGACAAAUUAAAGCAGGCUGUUUAGAAUGUUCUGAUCUUACAGUGUACUCGUGGUCUGGUAAAUAAACUAGGUACUAGAUUAGGUAUAGCCCCCAGUGAUCCCUCAGCUAGUGGAAGCUACACCUACCUUGAUACUUUGCCAUCCUUAACCCCUUAAGGACAUGUGUGACAUAUCAUGAUUCCCUUUUAUUCCAGAAGUUUGGUCCUUAAGGGGUUAAAGUAUUACGAUCACUAGUAAAACUGUUGCACAAGCCUGUUGUUAAUACUAAAAAAAAAUAAUAAUAAUAAUAAAAAAAAUAUAUAUAUAUAUAAUUUAAGUAUACAUGUUACUUAGCUCCGCCGUAUGAUGCGCCUCAGUAUAUAAGGGAAUGAGGGCAGUGGUGUAUCACAAAACUCAGGCACCCCCCUGUAACUCCCCCACCCCACCCUCUAAAUACAUACACACUCACUGACAGACACACAAACACUCAGUGUCAGACACACACACUCACUGACACACACAUACACUAGCUAACAGACAUACAUACUCACUGACAGACACACAUACACACACUCUCACUAAUAGACAACAUACACACUAACAGACACGCAUACUCUCUCACUAACAGACAUGCAUACACACUAACACACUCACUAACAGACACACACACUAACACUCUCUAACAGACACACACAUAGUAACACAUACACUCACACUAACAGACACACUCACUAACAAAAACACACACUCACAUUUUAUUAAAAAAAAUUAAAUCCCCCCAGCCUCCCUACCUUUUGGGAAUGCUGGGGUGGAUUCUCGUUUUCCCUGGAAUCCAGUGGGGCUGCUGGGUCGGCAGGCUUGUCGGUGAGUGAAUGACAUCAUAUUCCGGCUCCGGCAUCACUGCGGUGCACGCGAAGGAGCUGAACAGGAGGAUUAGUGCUCCCUUGCCGUCCGCCCAGAAAGCUCCGCCGCUGCCAGACUAGGGGGCCCUGCAGUGGCGUACACAUGACCCAUGGGGCCCCGGUGCGAAAAUUGAUCCGUGCCUCCCCCCCGCGGGCCGCAACACAUGGCGGUGGACACCUGGUCGCAGGGGUUACAGGGCUGCGACCCCUGCGACCGCGGUAUGUAUGCCAGUGCAUGCAGAUGCAUACACACUUAAAGGACCACUACAGACACCCAGAUCACAUCAGCUCAAUGAAGUUGUCUGGGUGUCCGGUCCCUCUAGUUUUAUCCCUGCAGCUGAAAACAUAGCAGUUUCAGAGAAACUGCUAUGUUUCACUGAGGGUUAAUCCAGCCUCUAGUGGCUGUCUCACUGACAGCCGCUAGAGGAGCACACUGAAUUUCCAUAGGAAAGCAUUGAGUAAUGCUUUCCUAUGGGCGGUUUGAAUGCAUGCGCGGUCGCAUUCGGAGCUGAGAGGCUGAGGGAUCCCCAGCGCCAAGGGAGUCCGGCGCUGGAGAAAGGUAAGUGCUGAAGACACACACACUCUCACUUACAGACGCAUACACACUAGCUAACAGACACACACAUUUACUGACAGAGACACACUCAGCGACAGACAUACAUACACACUCACUUACAAAACAUACACUCUCAUUGACAAACACAAACUCACUAACAGACAUCAAACAGACUCACUAACACACACACACACACUCAGUAAGACACACACAGUAACACUCACUGACACUCACUAGCAGACACACACACUAACACUCACUCUAACACUAACACUCACUAGCAGACACACACAUUAGCAGACACACACACUAACACUCACACUAACACUCACACACACUCUAACACUCACACAUUUUUAUUUUAUUUUUUAAAUGUAAUCCCCCCAGCUUCCUUACCUUUUGGAGUGCUGGGGGGAUUCCCUGGGGUCCAGUGGUGCUGCUGGGCUCCUGGGCAGGUGGCCGGUCGGGCAGGCGGGCGUGCGAGGGAGCACUCAGUGCUUCUUUUUCAGCUCCCUCGCGCGCCGCGUAGGGAUGCCGGCGCCGGAACAUGACGUCAUCUUCCGGCUCCGGUAUCAGUGCAGUGCGCGAGGGAGCUGAAGAGGAAGCACUGAGUGCUCCCUCGCGCACCUGCCUUCCAGGGGUCAGCAGGGCCAGCCUCGGGGGGCCCUGGGGUGGUCGGCUCCUGGGCUCCCAGUGGAUACACACCUGUGACCCUGGUAUCUAGGGCCCUGGACAAAAGGCUGGCAAGGCAUUUGCCAGAGCGAUAGGGGGGCGGCUUUUUUUGCUGCCCCCAGAAAGUGCCGUCCAAGGCAAGUGGCUUGUUUACCUCGCUGGAAAUACGCCCCUGAAUGAGGGGCCAUCACUUGUUCCUCUUUAAGUCCUGCAAAGCAUUAUGGGAGUUUUACUUUUACACUGCAGAAGGUAUACUUUCUGGCCACCACAGUUCUAGAAUAUAGUUUAUUUAGUACAAAUUAUAGACAUAUGGUUACCAUAUGGCAAGCAGUGGCAUCUACUGGUGAAAUGAUUGGGGUUGUGGAUGUCCAGUUGUAACCAGGCCACAGACCAAGCAGCCUUAAAUUCUGGUACCUUUUUGUAGUCAGAUCACCCCCAAAAAAUGGCAAAGUGAUAACUGUAUAGGGCCCACAUCUUGUUGCUGGGCUACUGGUUUCAUCAGACUGUCAGAAGGUUAGAAGGAAUAACAAGUGAUCUGUUUCUCUACAGGAAGACUUCUUAGUGAUUUUAGAACAAUGGGUCUUACCUUUUUUUGUCAAUGACCAAAAUUCUGUAUAUGGCAUUAGCUCAGUGCAAAGGUAGGUAGCCCUCGGCUGUCAGAUGCUGAAGACUACGUCUCCUAUGAUGCUUUGCCAACAUUAUGGCUGUUAGAGCAUUAUGAGAGAUUUUUACAACACCUAAGGUGCCAAAGGUUGCCUAACCUUGGCGCAGUGCCUUAUUCUUAAAGGGACACUUAAAGGCACCAAAACAACUUUAGCUUAAUGAAGUAGUUUUGGUGUAUAGAUAAUGCCAAAUGCGGUCUCCAUGCUCAAUUCUCUGAUACUUAGGAGUUAAAUCACUUUGUUUUAUGUAGCCCUAGUCACACCUCCCUGCAUGUGACAAUUCCUGUACAGCAUCAUCUAAUGUUUACAAGUCCUCUAUUGCAGGUUCUGUUUAAUUUAGGAUUUAGUAUCCUCUGCACUGUCAAUAGCUUGCUAGACCCUGCAGGAGCCUCCGGUGUGUAAUGAAAGUUCAAUUUAGAGAGCAGGAGAUAAAAACUUUUAAAAUAAGUUACAUAUUAUUGAAAAUUAAACCAUUUUGUUUUCAUGCAGGCUGUGUCAGUCACAUCUAGGGAAGGCGUGACUAGAGCUGCAUAAACAAAAUGUAUAACGCGAAUGGCUGCAUAAACAAAAGCAAAAGUGAUUUAACUCCUAAAUGGCAGAGAAUUGAGUAGAGACUACAGGGGCAUUGUCUAUACACCAAAACUGCUUCAUUAGGCUAAAGUUGUUUUGGUGGAAGAGUGGAGCGUUAUAAGUGAGACCAAUUGUCACAACCAACAAAGCCCAGUGGAGCACUAAUGUAAAAGAGUAUAACUUACCCUUAUAAUAAGGGAUUCAAAUAUAUACAUAAAAGUAUCUAGGGAAACGAGAUAAGGAAAAGCAAUUGGUGCAGUAUGUUAAGGCUUUGAGAGAUUAAGAGGAAACUUGAAUUGUAGCAAACUCACAUGGUUGAGAGCCUGGAGAGGAUAGGCUCAAAUCACAAUCACAGUGGUAUUUAUAGUGAAUACCCAACUUCUUCUAAGUUGUUUUUCAAAUGCUCAAAAAGAGAAGCAGAGGGACAAAAAACCCUAGUGCAGUAUCCUUUAGACCAAUGGAGCAAUACAAAUGAAUAAAGAUAUUUGCUCACCUUGUUAAGAGCCAAUGUACACUGGGCUCUCAGUUUAAACAGCACUGUGCCUUUAAGAGGGCACAACUCUUCUUUUUAGCAGCAGGAAAAUGACAAUUCAAGGAACUUGGAUAAAGAAAAUAAAAUAAAUUUAUUAAACUUACAUAUAUAAAAGAUAAAUAAAAUACCAUUAAAUAAUGGUGAAAUAAAACAAAAAGAGUCCUUGUUGUCCAAGACGCGUUUCACCUUAUACCAAGGCUUUUUCAAUCGAUUUCCUGCUUUCAUAAAUUUCCGUUUGAAAUACUGUGGGGUACUUCCUCAUUGGUCAAAAUGGUUUAAUUUACCCGCCGUUGGUCGUCCAGUCCUGAUAGAGUCCUUCAGGGCUUCCGUUGUUGGUGCACUCGAAACCGGAAGUGACGUAUCGCAAAAAUAAUAUUUUUUUUUCUUCUUCUUCCUCUCAGCCCUUCCACACCUAUAUUUCCCAUUGAACAAUUGACCAUCCUAUUAUGAAGGGGCAUUAUAUUAUUGUAUGAUCAACACGGAUAAAAAAUGUAUAACGUUUAUAUCUGGGAUCAUUACACUUUAUAUGUAUGUCAACCACAUUUAUUCAAUGGUGCGACUAGUGUAAAUCAAUUUUGGAACCAUUUGUUCCCUCUCUCUCUUUUUUUAUGUAAACUACUUUGGGUGAACUGUUAUAGGUUAUUACAUUGACCAAAGAAUUUUAUUUGAACAGAUUUAAUUCAUUAGAAUAUAGUCUAAUUGUAGACUUGAUGUCUCUCUCCCUUUCUUUUUUUCUUUUUCUUUUUCCCAUUUCUGUGGUGCACCAUAUACUAUACAUUGUAUCUAUGGACGAUAUGUGGACUGGCUGGCUCUUGCCAGCAUCAAAUAUGGAGAUCGGCAGAGACCGGAAGUGACGUCGCGGCCAUUGCGAUACGUCACUUCCGGUUUCGAGUGCACCAACAACGGAAGCCCUGAAGGACUCUAUCAGGACUGGACGACCAACGGCGGGUAAAUUAAACCAUUUUGACCAAUGAGGAAGUACCCCACAGUAUUUAAAACGGAAAUUUAUGAAAGCAGGAAAUCGAUUGAAAAAGCCUUGGUAUAAGGUGAAAGGUGUCUCGGACAACAAGGACUCUUUUUUUUUUUAUUUCACCAUUAUUUAAUGGUAUUUUAUUUAUCUUUUAUAUAUGUAAGUUUAAUAAAUUUAUUUUAUUUUCUUUAUCCAAGUUCCUUGAAUUGUCAUUUUCCUGCUGCUAAAAAGAAGAGUUGUGCCCUCUUAAAGGCACAGUGCUGUUUAAACUGAGAGCCCAGUAUACAUUGGCUCUUAACAAGGUGAGCAAAUAUCUUUAUUCAUUUGUAUUGCUCCAUUGGUGUAAAGGAUACUGCACUAGGGUUUUUUUGUCCCUCUGCUUCUCUUUUUGAGCAUUUGAAAAACAACUUAGAAGAAGUUGGGUAUUCACUAUAAAUACCUCUGCGAUUGUGAUUUGAGCCUAUCCUCUCCAGGCUCUCAACCAUGUGAGUUUGCUACAAUUCAAGUUUCCUCUUAAUCUCUCAAAGCCUUAACAUACUGCACCAAUUGCUUUUCCUUAUCUCGUUUCCCUAGAUACCUUUAUGUAUAUAUUUGAAUCCCUUAUUAUAAGGGUAAGUUGUACUCUGUUACAUUAGCGCUCCACUGGGCUUUGUUGGUUGUGACAAUUUGUCUCACUUAUAACGCUCCACUCUUCCUCUGCAUGUUUUUGUGUUAAGGUUAGAGGUACCUACACACGUGUUGAGCUGCUCACCACAAUUUGGAUUUUAUAUUAUACCACAUUUUAAGCGCCUGUACUUCACAGAUAAUUGUAUUCUUUUUCUUAAAGUUGUUUUGGUGACUAUAGUGUCCAUAAAGAACCCAUUUAUAACAUGUAGUAUAAUUAAUAUUAGAUGACAUUUUGAAUAACCCCUCAUUUGCACUAUUGCCAAUGCUUGUUAGGGCUCCGUUGUACUAGAGAGGGCAAUGCUGUUACGGUAAACAAACUACUGUUAGCUGACUUGCUCUGUUAGCGAAUGGUGAUAAACUGUUGAUGAAAUGUAUGAGUAGAACUUCGUCAUUAGCAAUUGUAACGAUUGGGGGCCUGGCCAUGGAUGCCUCAGGGACCACUGGCUUGGUCAGACAGCUAGAAAAUGAUCUCACCUAGGACCAGGGGACAGCACCGUAAACUAAUGGUACCAUGACCACUAAAUCUUCAUGCAGUGGUUAUGGUUCCUAGACUGCUUCCCAUGACCUGUUGAUCAUCUUGCGAUUUGCCAGAGGCCUGAAUUUGUAGGUUUGCCAGGUAAUGGCUUUGUUUACAAUGAUUUGCGUUAGAGAAUGCAAUAGAUAAGAUAUUUUCUCUGUGGAUAACAGACAGACCUUUGGUGCAUUGUUAAAUAUUAUGGCAGGGUUUGUUUUAAUUUGUUACUUACGAUAAAUACUAAUUAUACUUUUUCAAAGCAACAGCACGCAUCAUUUUCUCAACUUAUGUUAUCUGACGUACGUAAAAAAAUUUUUAUUCACCCCCCCAGACAAAAUACAUUCUGUGAUAUCCAGCUUAAUCUUUUAAUUGUAAGUAACUCCCUAAUUUUCUGUCCUUAUGUGGCACUACCAAAUUUAAGAGUACCAUAUUAGGGAGCUGCUGAGUUUGCUAGAUAACUCCCCUAUUUCGUAUCCUUAAAUCUGGCAAUUCCUCACAAGGAUAGCAAAUUAGAGAGCUGUGUAGAAGAGUGUGCCUUAAUUUGAUCUACUAAACAGCUGAAAGACUAAAAUAAAAAAACAUAACUUUGAGCUGUUUAGUAGAUAUCUCCCUAAGUAUGCAGGAUUAAAGGGACAUCCCACUUCACAAAUACAAAAUAAAUUUUAAAAACACUGUUUAGUAGGUAUACCCCAAAUUAAAAUAUGCAUGUAUUUGAUUAUGCAUUUUUUAAUUGGGCAUAUUUCUAAAACCUGCUUGCAGCUCUCUGCUGCCUUUGCAAACCCUCUCCUUCUAACCCCGCCCAGACUUUCUGUCGUUGUCCAGUCACAGAACAAAUCAAGACAAAAGGUCCUCAUGGGGGGGGGGACAAUAGGUUAUACUGUAAUUUAGGGCCCCCACCUGCCGCUCAUGGGUGGGGGCAGAGGGGGACAAUAGGUCCUUCCCUCCCCCUAUUGUCACCGCUUAUGGGUUGGGGCCGGGACAAUAGGUUACCCCCCCAUUGUAAUUACAAUAGUGAGCCGCUACUGGCUGCUCAUUGUUUAGUAGACAUACCCCUUCUCACGGUAUAGCGAGUAGGGGCAGAAGGGUGAUUUUAAUCUCCCUUAAUUACUAAAUACUACGUAAUCUUUACUUAGUAAAUUUGGCUGAAUGAACAAUUUUGGUCUUUCAACCUUUUAGUAGAUGGCUCCCUAAUUCCCACUGUAUUGUAUAGGGACAGGCAUUAGCAGUAGAAAGAGAGAAGUGCUCAUGCCAUUGUACAGAACACUGGUGAGACCCCACUUGGAGUAUUGUAUGCAGUACUGGAGACCGUAUCUCCAGAAGGGUAUUGAUACUUUAGAGAGGGUUCAGAGAAGGGCUACUAAACUGGUUAAUGGAUUGCAAGAUAAAACUUACAAGGAAAAGUAUAGCUUGGAGGAAAGACGAGACAGGGGGGAUAUGAUAGAAACAUUUAAAUGCAUAAAGGAGGAGAUUAUAUUUAAAAGAAGAAAAACUAGUGGAUGCAUGGAAUAGCCUUCCAGCUGAAGUGGUAGAGGUUAACACAGUAAAGGAGUUUAAGCAUGGGUGGGAUAGGCAUAAGGCUAUCCUAGACUUAAGAUAAGGCCAGGGACUAAUGAAAGUAUUUAGAAAAUUGGGCAGCCUAGAUGGGCCGAAUGGUUCUUAUCUGCCGUCACAUUCUAUGUUUCUAUGUUACUAAGCGGCUGCAAGAUGCAGCUGCGGCACGAAUAAGAUUGAAAUGUAAUAAAUUUGAAUGAAAUUUCGACCCAAACAAAAAGUACCGAAUUGUGUCCUAACACAAAUGGACAAACUGUUCUUAUUCUGUUAGGACGAAAUUCGGUAGUUUUGUCGGCAGUCGAACGGCAAAUUAAGCAACACAAGAACACAGGAAGAGAGGGGAGUAUUGUGGGAACAUUUCUUUGACCACAGGAAAUGGAGCGGACUUAGCUCCUCCCCUGGGUGAAAGCUGGUCAAGCAUAGGAAGAAUUUUGUCCAUUGUGCUAUUUGUUCAUUGAUUCACUUACAUUAUGCAAUAUUAGAUUUGGACAAAUGGUUGAAUCAAACAUAUAUAUAUAUUUUAUUUUUUUUUGUCCAAAUGCACAAAUCGAUUAAUCUCUAAACCAUGCUGUAGUUGAACUUUUUAAAUAGCUCUAGAUGUCAACCUUAAAUAAUUAGUAGCCACAUGUUAAACUGGUUCCUGGGAUUUGCUGUAAAAAAAAGUGUAUUGUAAAGACUUGAAAGUUGCGUCUCAAUAAUAUAUAUUUUUCAUGUUUGUUUUUUUUUUUCUUUUUAGAGGUUCACCGGAAACUUUGUAUACUACAUCGAACCUGUGAUUCCAGGGCAUACAUUGAAAAAAACCCUGCAAAGGGUAGGUUACACCAUCAUAACCGAGACUGAGUAUAUUAUUGGAAGGAAAAUUAAUACAGAAGAGGCAAAACAAGUUGCCUUUGAACUGUUUGUGGCCAGAAUUCAGUGCCAAGAACUAAUUCAGCUGAUAAAUCAAGGUAAAACAGACUGCUUGGAACCCUUAUUUACAGAGUCUUCUUGUGAGAAAGAUGAAGGAGGAGGGACUGAAUGUAAAAAUGCAGAGGAGCCCUCCACAGACAAAAAUAUGCACAUUUUACUUGGUUUUUCAAAAAUCGAGGGAUUUGAUAAACAGGAAUUUAAAUGUAAAAUAAAAGAGCUCACUACUAAGGGACUGGAGAAUAGAGUAUUGGAAGAGUCAUUGGCAUCACCUUUGAAACCAGAAAGUGUCCAUGAUGAUUCAGAAGGUUAUUUUAGCAAACCCUUAGACAGUGAAGAAUUUAUCAAUAAAUACAGUGAUCUCAACCUAGCUCAAAAGCCUAUAUUCCCAAGACAUGAAAGCAAAACUAUCAAUAUGAAAACCUACGAGAAGAAGACUAAUCAGUGGAUAAAACCAUUACUUGAAGAAUCAAAUAAAUACCUCCUUGGUCUAGAAUCUUCUUCUGUGAAUGCGAUGGCCAAUCCAAAAUAUUCAGAUGAAGCAGGUUGGAGCAAAGCCAUGGAAUUUGUACAAGAACCAGUGAGUGAGGCUAGAGGUGAAAGCAGUGAUGCCAUGAAUUACUCUCCUGGUUGGCAUAAAUCAAACAUAGAAGGAAAUUUUGGCAAUAUGCCCCACAAUGACUCUAGAGUGGACUACAGCAGGUCAACCAAGCAUGGACAACCUUUAGAGAGGUCAGUAAUUAAACUGAAAAUGGAAAAAAUAAACAAUGUGUUUUUACCUUAUCCUACUGAAGAGACUUUACCUCCAAACAGUAAGGCACCUACCAGUGACAAUGAGUUGACCAACACUGAGUCAAAGUGGAAAUUAGCCGUGUGUGAAGAUCACUUUAGUGGUGGUUCCACAUCAAAUACUGUUAAUGUGGGGUUGUGUACACCCAAACUCACAUUUCCCAUGAAUAAAGCUGUUGAGUGUAGUGGCGAUAUAGAAAACAUAAGUCACCUUCGAGAGCCUCCAAACUCAACAUACAUCCCACCAGGUGGGGUAGAGCGGCAUAUCGGGAAAAUCUCAGACUUGCAACCUGAGGAGGACCAAUCCUUGUCUCAGUCAUCAGAUAUAGUGCAAAUUGAUGAAACCAUAUAUAAGAUGAACACAGAUACACGGGAGGAUUUUGUAAUUAUUACCAGGCGAGAAAAUUUCCAAAGUUGAAUGACACUGUGCCGACACAAACCUGAGACUUAUUGUUCUAAAUUUGACUUUGAUUAUCUGCUUGCUGCUACACUGAAGCAUUUUUACUUCAUUCCAAAAAAAAAUUCUGAAUGGGUUCAGAUCAUUAUCGUGUAUAGUUACACGCAUGCCAACAUUUCCAUGGAGAUUUUAAGAAGACAUGUCCAUCCAGAUGGUUCUCGCUUGCAAUAUGAGUUGGUAGCAGAUGCACUAAAUCAGUGAAAAAGAUACAGCAGCCCAUAUAUCAGGAUUUAAACAACCCCACAUUCUUUAGCAAAUAAACUUCCACAGCCAUUAUAUGUAACCAAAUAUAUGCUGACCAAUCACAACUGGAGUUGUACUUGUGCCUCACACGGUGGCAGGAAUCUUGUUUGUGUGCGUAAAACCUUGUCUAAUACAUCGUCCACUCUGUUUAUCUUCACCAGUGGUAAACCACGCAUGGUCCUACAACCAUUGCAGAACUUCUAUUAUCCAUGUAGCAAAAUGCACUGCAGAUUGUGGUGUUCCUGCCCUAUUGUGUUUUUUUUUUAUUUUUAUUUAAAGCCAUACUCUCCUGCUCGAUGCUACAGGUAAGUUGACAUUGACUGGACCAGUCAUACAGGCAUAGCAAGGAGAAUCGAGGCAAUCAAUUUUGAAAUGAAAGAUAUGAAGGAUGAAGAACAGAAUUUGUUCUAUAUUGAAUGAGAGUUGAUCUGUAUAUUAAUGCAUUUUCAUUGCAUUUUCUCUGGAACAGAUGUCAUUCAGGUAACCUACUGACUGACCAGCCAAAUUUUAAAUUGUGACUAAGAAAUAAGAAUGUUACACCAGCCUCACCUCACUAGCUUUUGGUGAUGACCACACACUACUACCAUGUAAAGAUUGUUGACUAUAUUCUGCUCUUCACUUGUUGGUGGGUUGUUUUUUUUUUUUUUCCUAUGGCCAUCUAUGCCGGCAGAUGUCUCGGUGCCAAUAAUGUUAACAUAUGAAGACUUAGAAAGCAUGAAACACACAGUGCUUCCAUUGUGGACUUAUGUUUUUUUUAAAUCAUACCUAAUUUCAUGAACAGCCUUACAAAUAAGAUGCUUCAUCAGCUAGUUUUCUCUAACAUGUGGUGCCUUAUUUUUCUCCAAAGUACCGGUGUCCUUUACUUGCACAGAUAGUAAGGCUGGUAAAUUUUUUUCAAAAUCCUUUGUAUCCUGUAGGGUUAGUGGAUACAGAAUCUUUGAAGCCAAGAACUGGCCUUGUAAUAUAUAAUACUCUAGAAUGGGUAUGGCCAUCUGUGGUCUUCCAUGAAGAUGAUAGAAGUUGAGGUCCAACAACAAAGUGAGGGCUAUAUUUGCCAAAUCAACAAGAAUUAAUUGUAGGCAUCGUUCAAGCUGUUGCAGGACUAGAAUUUUCACAUUGGCUACAUCUUCUCUAGAGCAGUCUAAGCCACUUCUCAUGAAUCCUGAGGCUCCAGGUUUAACCAAAUCCCAAAAUAUACAAGCACAGGAUAUGCGAGGACUGGUUUAUGAAUCACAGUUCUACAUCACACCUUGCUAGAACAUUCUAUUGUGAGUAUAUUUUGUAAGAAAAAUAGAAUCUAAAAUUACUUAGAGAAAUAAAAUUACCAACAAUAUUAUACAUGAGUGAUGUGAUUCAAAUUUCUCAAGGUCUACCAUUUAUUGGCCAAAUCACUUCAGUCAGGAUUCUGAUCAAUGUGUGUCUCACCAGGAAAUACUGAACUACACCUCAUAUGAUCUUCUGAAGCGAUUGAUGUCCAUUGCUGGACAUUUUUUCAUAUAAAAAUUUACUUGACCAAAAGGCAAAUGCUAACUGCUUUUUGGGCCAAAUAAUUCCAUGUUGCUAUUGUUAAAGGGACAAUCUAAGCACCAUCUUACAAAGUGGUUUUAAUACAGAUACCCUGCAUCCUGUGUUUGUUUUUAAAAAAUACUUUAUUCUUGAGACCAAUACCCUUUUCCUGUGUGUCUGGACUGUCAAUCAACCUUCUGGAAUGGUCUCUUCCUGGUUUGCAGUAUCAAUUUUGUACAACAUUUACGUUGGUGUCAGAGCACACCUCAUGCUAACCCCGAAU